UUUUUGUCACCAAACAUUCAGGUGUAUAAAAGGCCCUUGGCAGAUGUGUACAUCCACACUCCAGAAACAUACUGCUUAUCUUCCUCUGAACACUCUACUCCUGACACCGAUGUGCUACUAUAGUGGAUAUUAUGGAGGCCUGGGCUAUGGCUAUGGUGGCCUAGGCUGUGGCUAUGGCUGUGGCUAUGGCUAUGGCUAUGGUGGUUAUGGUUAUGGCUGCUGUCGCCCUCUGUGCUAUAGAAGAUACUGGUCUUAUGGCUUCUACUGAGGACAUUACUUCCAGCCUUUGUGACUGGAAGUGCUUCCAAGAAUUUUCACAGGAUACAGUAGAGAAUGUCUUCAAAAAUACUAACUUUAUACUAAAUAUCUGAAAUUAAUUGAAACACAACUUGUCAUCUAAGAUUAGGUUGGACACUCAUCAUCAAAAAAAUUAUUUAUAAAAACAUUUAUCUACAUGAUGCUUUUAAGAAUGUUUUCAACAAUAACUCAACAUUUGCAUAAAAUAUUUGAAUUAUCAAUUAAAUGCAUAAAUGGAACAAAA